AUGCAAGACACAAGACCAGAACUCUAUGAAGAGGUCAAACUUUAUAGAAAUGCUAGAGAACGGGAAAAGCAUGACAACAUGGCAGAGCUGUAUGCAGUGGUCAGCACAUUACAACACUUAGAGAAAGCGUACAUGCGGGACUGCGUACGAGCCCAGGAAUACAUGGCGGCAUGCAGUAGACUGCUGGUUCAGUACCGAGUUGCCUUCAAACAGGUUCAGGGUGAUGAGUUCCCAACAAUAGAAUCUUUCGUUACGAAAUUUCGUUUGGACUGUCCAGCUGCCUUAGAAAGGAUACGAGAAAAUAAACCAAACCUAAUCAAAGAUGACAAAGGAAACACCAACAAGUAUAUAGCAGAGAUUGUUUCUCUGUUCAUCACAUUGAUGGAUAAACUUCGUCUGGAACUCCGAGCUAUGGACAUGAUUCAGCCAGAGCUGAGGGACUUGAAGGAUACAAUGGACCAUCUCAGCAUGCUGCCAGAGGACUUUGAGGGUAAAGUUAAGGUACAAGAAUGGUUAGACAAACUGUCGGAGAUGUCAGCAUCGGAUGAACUGACUGACGAUUUGAUAAUGAAGUAUAAUCAAAGAGCUCAAUAA